AUGGGCCUAGCGCCUCAUCGCCGUCUUCUCUGCCGCAACGCCCACCACCACCACCAACACAGCCACCGCAUACCAACUUUCACGGCCUUCACUUUUCUCUUAUUCUCUUCUGCUUCAGCCGUAACCCUCCCCCCCCUACCAAGUGGGGGAGGUUUCAAGUCGCAGUACUACUUUCAGAGUGAAGAGAAGGAGAACGGGUCGUCAUGGACGGCGGCAACAGUGACGGUGGCAGAUCAGAAACGAAACGGCGGACCAGGGUCGUUUCCGCCGUCGUGCAGAUCCAAGUGCGGGUGGUGUUCACCGUGCGAACCGGUUCACGUGCCGGUCCAACCGGGUGUGAGCAUGCCGCUGGAGUACUAUCCAGAAGCUUGGCGCUGCAAAUGCGGGAAUAAGCUUUUCAUGCCUUAA